AUGCUCGUUGGUUUAUGGAGGGAGAGCUUCACGACGCCUAUCUCACGCCUUGAAACAAAUUACUCUGGACUCGACUAUCUCCCUGGUCUGGCCAGGCUACCGAAGACUGGUACAAAAGAGCAUCAGCUGUCAGCAUAUUGGGGAGCGGCAAGAGAUCGAAUUCCGGCCUCCGCUCAUGACCUUUUUGAACAGGGUGGAGAUGCGAAGGCGUCAAAGCCAGAAGAUAUCCCGGUCGGACUAGGACAGCACUUAAUUGGAACAAACUACGACAAUAUUGUUCACAUCCGAUCCGGUCAAUUUUGGGAAAACUGUUGCGUUGAAGAGGCACAGUCAUACGAGACGGAGCUGGAACCGACCUUGAGGGCGGGCUUGGGAUACCUGUGGGGAAAUCGUGAGAAAGGCGGUGCUAUGGGAUUGCGAUUCUUGGGCACCAGAGACGCCGAUGGCUAUACCAAGAAGGAGACCUGCGGUGCUGGGUUCUUCACGAACCUGAGUGCAUUGGAAGAGUGGUCCAAAACGCAUCGCUCUCACCUGGCUAUAUACAUUGGAGCCAUCAAACACGCGAAAACGUGGGGAGAGUCAAGGAAGUUUCGGACCUGGCAUGAGGUCUCGGUACUAAAGAAGGGAGAGGCAACGUUCGAGUACCUGAACUGCUCGCCUGUCACUGGCGUUAUGAGAUUUAUCUCUUUGCCCAGAAUUCAAGAGCUCAAGUAG